GUUCCCUCAGCAUCCAGUCAUUUCGAUUCUGAGCGUGCGCUGAUUUGGCACUUGUGUAUAACGGACUGUGCUUCCGGGUACUGGAGAAGACUCAACUCCACCAAAGAAGAAGAAAGUCCGCCAUCAGACUGUGGACAGCUACAGAGACAAGAGCGGGACAGAGGAAAUAACAGAGCCACAGGUUUGAACACACAGAGGAAAAUUAAGAGAAGAGGAGGAGGCGAACUGAAAGUGAAAGUAUGAAUCAGUCCAGACGCCAUUUUGACUCCACAGCAGAAAGAAACAGGACGUGUGCAGGUGUUACAGGUUUACCUCUCAGACCAGAGAAGAUGAAUGAUUUGGAGGAAGAGGAGGACAGAGCAGAGUCUCCAGGAUCCAGCUGUCUGUCUCUAAAGAGUGACUGGUCCAAAGAUUUAAAUCCUCCGGAACUCAGUAAUGGACCUGGACCCUCAGACAGAAAACGGAGAAAAAAGUCUCCAGGAUCCAGCUGUCUGUCUCUGAAGAGUGACUGGUCCAAAGAGUUAAAUCCUCCAGAGUUUAGUAAUGGACCUGGACCCUCAGACACAAAACGGAGAGCAGAGUCUCCAGGAUCCAGUUGUCUGUCUCUAAAGAGUGACUGGUCCAAAGAUUUAAAUCCUCCGGAACUCAGUAAUGGACCUGGACCCUCAGACAGAAAGAGUUAUCAAUACGCAUUACAUACUGAAAAGAACCACCUGCAAAGCUGUCAUUGUUUUAAAAGACGGAGAAAAAAGUCUCCAGGAUCCAGCUGUCUGUCUCUGAAGAGUGACUGGUCCAAAGAGUUAAAUCCUCCAGAGUUUAGUAAUGGACCUGGACCCUCAGACACAAAAAAGAGGAAGAGGAGUGGUGUUUCUGUGGAGGAGCAGCUGUCCUGCUGUGAUCUGUGUCAGGACGUCCUGAAGGAUCCAGUCUCUACCAGCUGUGGACACUGGUUCUGCAGACAGUGCAUCACCUCAUACUGGGACCAGUCUGGUCCAUCAGGAGACUCCUCCUGUCCCCAGUGUGGAAAAAGAUCCAGAACAAGACCUGGACUGCAGACAGCCAGUCAGACCAGCACUUUGAUUGUUUGUUGUCUUUCAGCAGAUAGUGGUCUGCAGGAGGUUUUAGAUGAACAUAAGAUCAGUCUGAGGAGGAGAUGUGAACGUGUGACUGAAGGAACUGAUGGAACAGGAAGUAGAACCCUCCUCAACAGGAUCUACACUGAGCUCUACAUCACAGAGGGACAGAGUGAAGAGGUUAAUACCCAACAUGAGGUGAGGCAGCUGGAGACAGCUUCCAAGAAGAAGACCCUCCAUGACACUCCAAUCAGGUGCCAGGACAUCUUUAAAGCCUUACCUGACCAACAGAGACUCAUCAGAGUGGUUCUGACCAACGGCGUCGCUGGUGUUGGAAAAACCUUCUCAGUGCAGAAGUUGACUCUGGACUGGGCAGAGGGCUUGGAAAACCAAGAUGUCAGUCUGCUGGUUCUGCUUUCGUUCAGGGAGCUGAACCUGAUCAGAGAUGAGCAGUACAGUCUUCUCACGCUGCUCCAUGUUUUCCAUCCAACAUUACAGAAGGUCACAGCAGAGAAGCUGGCUGUCUGUAAAGUUCUGUUCAUCUUUGACGGCCUGGAUGAAAGCAGACUUUCACUGGAUUUCAACAGGAAGGUUGUGUCUGACGUCACACAGAAGUCAUCAGUCAACGAGCUGCUGACAAACCUCAUCCAGGGGAAUCUGCUUCCCUCGGCUCUGGUCUGGAUAACUUCCAGACCUGCAGCGGCCAAUCAGAUCCCUCCUUCAUGUGUUGACAGGGUAACAGAAGUACGAGGCUUCACUGACCCACAGAAGGAGGAGUACUUCAGGAGGAGAUCCAGUGAUGAAGAGCUGUCCAACAGAACCAUCUCACACAUCAAGACCUCCAGGAGCCUCCACAUCAUGUGUCAAAUCCCAGUCUUCUGCUGGAUCACUGCUACAGUUCUGGAGCACAUGUUGACUACAGAGCAGAGAGGAGAGCUGCCCAAGACCCUGACUGACCUGUACUCACACUUCCUGCUGGUUCAGACAAAGAGGAAGAAGAACAAGUACCAUGAGGGACAUGAGACGAGUCCACAGGAGCUGACGGAGGCUGACAGGGAAGUUCUUCUGAAGCUGGGGAGGCUGGCGUUUGAACAACUGGAGAAAGGAAACAUCAUGUUCUACCAAGAAGACCUGGAGCAGUGUGGUCUUGAUGUGACAGAGGCCUCGGUGUACUCAGGAGUUUGUACAGAGAUCUUCAAAAGAGAGAGUGUGAUCUUCCAGAAAACAGUCUACUGCUUUGUUCAUCUGAGCGUUCAGGAGUUUCUGGCUGCAGUCUACAUGUUCCACUGUUUCACCAACAGGAAGACACAGGUACUGGAGGACUUCCUGGGAAACGACUGGUACAACACAAACCAUAAACUGUCUCUGGAUGACUUCCUGAGGAGAGCCAUGGAGAAAUCCCUUCAAAGUAAAAAUGGCCUCCUGGACCUGUUUGUUCGCUUCCUUCAUGGCCUCUCUCUGGAGUCCAACCAGAGACUCUUAGGAGGCCUGCUGGGUCAGACAGAGAACAGUCCAGAAAUCAUCCAGAGGACCAUCAACAAGCUGAAGAAGAUGAACAUGUACAACACCUCUCCUGACAGAAGCAUCAACAUCUUCCACUGUCUGAUGGAGAUGAACGACCACUCAGUUCAUCAGGAGAUCCAAGAGUUCCUGAAGUCAGAGAACAGAUCAAAGAAGAAACUCUCUGAGAUCCAGUGCUCAGCUCUGGCCUACAUGCUGCAGAUGUCAGAGGAGGUUCUGGAUGAGUUGGACCUGAACAAGUACAACACAUCAAGGGAGGGACGACAGAGACUGAUCCCAGCUAUGAGGAACUGCAGAAAGGCUCGACUUGAUAACUGUAAACUCUCAGAGAUUCACUGUGAAGUCGUGGCCUCAGCUCUGAAGUCCAACCCCUCCCAUCUGACAGAACUGGACCUGAGUGGAAACAACCUGGAGGAUUCAGGAGUGAAGAUACUGUCCUCUGGACUGGAGAGUCCAAACUGUAGACUGCAGACUCUGAGGUUGAUGAACUGCAGGUUGUCAGAGAUCAGCUGUUCUUCUCUGGCCUCAGCUCUGAAGUCCAACCCCUCCCAUCUGAGACAUCUGGACCUGAGAGGAAACAACCUGAAGGAUUCAGGAGUGAAGGAGCUGUGUGGUUUUCUGCAGAGUCCAGACUGUAGACUGGAGACUCUGAGGUUGAGGGGCUGCAGUUUGUCAGAGAUCAGCUGUUCUUCUCUGGUCUCAGCUCUGAAGUCCAACCCCUCCCAUCUGAGAGAACUGGACCUGAGCGACAACUACCUGCAGGAUUCAGGACUGAAGGAGCCAGACUACAGACUGGAGACUGUGAGUGUUACAGGUUUACCUCUCAGACCAGAGAAGAUGAAUGAUUUGGAUGAAGAGGAGGACAGAGCAGAGUCUCCAGGAUCCAUCUGUCUGUCUCUGAAGAGUGACUGGUCCAUAGGAAGAAUUAUAGACUUCAGUAUUGGACCUGGACCCUCAGACAGAAAAGAGAAGAGGAGGAGUGGUGUUUCUGUGGAAAGAUCCAGACCAGGACCUGGACUGCAGACAGCCAGUCAGACCAGCACUGUACAAACAGAUAGUGGUCUGCAGGAGGUUUUAGAUGAACAUAAGAUCAGUCUGAGGAGGAGAUGUGAACGUGUGACUGAAGGAACUGAUGGAACAGGAAGUAGAACCCUCCUCAACAGGAUCUACACUGAGCUCUACAUCACAGAGGGACAGAGUGAAGAGGUUAAUACCCAACAUGAGGUGAGGCAGCUGGAGACAGCUUCCAAGAAGAAGACCCUCCAUGACACUCCAAUCAGGUGCCAGGACAUCUUUAAAGCCUUACCUGACCAACAGAGACACAUCAGACUGGUUCUGACCAACGGCGUCGCUGGUGUUGGAAAAACCUUCUCAGUGCAGAAGUUCACUCUGGACUGGGCAGAGGGCUUGGAAAACCAAGAUGUCAGUCUGCUGGUUCUGCUUUCGUUCAGGGAGCUGAACCUGAUCAGAGAUGAGCAGUACAGUCUUCUCACGCUGCUCCAUGUUUUCCAUCCAACAUUACAGAAGGUCACAGCAGAGAAGCUGGCUGUCUGUAAAGUUCUGUUCAUCUUUGACGGCCUGGAUGAAAGCAGACUUUCACUGGAUUUCAACAACAGGAAGGUUGUGUCUGACGUCACACAGAAGUCAUCAGUCAACGAGCUGCUGACAAACCUCAUCCAGGGGAAUCUGCUUCCCUCGGCUCUGGUCUGGAUAACUUCCAGACCUGCAGCGGCCAAUCAGAUCCCUCCUUCAUGUGUUGACAGGGUAACAGAAGUACGAGGCUUCACUGACCCACAGAAGGAGGAGUACUUCAGGAGGAGAUCCAGUGAUGAAGAGCUGUCCAACAGAACCAUCUCACACAUCAAGACCUCCAGGAGCCUCCACAUCAUGUGUCAAAUCCCAGUCUUCUGCUGGAUCACUGCUACAGUUCUGGAGCACAUGUUGACUACAGAGCAGAGAGGAGAGCUGCCCAAGACCCUGACUGACCUGUACUCACACUUCCUGCUGGUUCAGACAAAGAGGAAGAAGAACAAGUACCAUGAGGGACAUGAGACGAGUCCACAGGAGCUGACGGAGGCUGACAGGGAAGUUCUUCUGAAGCUGGGGAGGCUGGCGUUUGAACAACUGGAGAAAGGAAACAUCAUGUUCUACCAAGAAGACCUGGAGCAGUGUGGUCUUGAUGUGACAGAGGCCUCGGUGUACUCAGGAGUUUGUACAGAGAUCUUCAAAAGAGAGAGUGUGAUCUUCCAGAAAACAGUCUACUGCUUUGUUCAUCUGAGCGUUCAGGAGUUUCUGGCUGCAGUCUACAUGUUCCACUGUUUCACCAACAGGAAGACACAGGUACUGGAGGACUUCCUGGGAAACGACUGGUACAACACAAACCAUAAACUGUCUCUGGAUGACUUCCUGAAAGGAGCCCUGUGGAAAUCCCUUGAAAAUAAAAAUGGCCACCUGGACCUGUUUGUUCGCUUCCUUCAUGGCCUCUCUCUGGAGUCCAACCAGAGACUCUUAGGAGGCCUGCUGGGUCAGACAGAGAACAGUCCAGAAAUCAUCCAGAGAACCAUCAACAACCUGAAGAAGAUGAACAUGUCCAACACCUCUCCUGACAGAAGCAUCAACAUCUUCCACUGUCUGAUGGAGAUGAACGACCACUCAGUCCAUCAGGAGAUCCAAAAGCUCCUGAGGUCAAAUAACAGAUUUGGCAUAAGAGUCCCUAUGAUCCAGUGCUCAGCUCUGGCCUACAAGCUGCAGAUGUCAGAGGAGGUUCUGGAUGAGUUGGACGUGAACGGGUUCAACACAUCAAAGGAGGGACGACAGAGACUGAUCCCAGCUGUGAGGAACUGCAGAAAGGCUCGACUUGUUAACUGUCGACUCUCAGAGAUUCACUGUGAAGUCGUGGCCUCAGCUCUGAAGUCCAACCCCUCCCAUCUGACAGAACUGGACCUGAGUGAAAACAACCUGAAGGAUUCAGGAAUGAAGAUACUGUCCUCUGGACUGGAGAGUCCAAACUGUAGACUGGAGACUCUGAGGUUGUGGAACUGCAGGUUGUCAGAGAUCAGCUGUUCUUCUCUGGUCUCAGCUCUGAAGUCCAACCCCUCCCAUCUGAGACAUCUGAACCUGAGUGACAACAAGCUGCAGGAUUCAGGAGUGAAGAAGCUGUGUGGUUUUCUGCAGAGUCCAGACUGUAGACUGGAGACUCUGAGGUCAGUUCACUGUCUGUUACUGUUGGAGAUCUUCUAUCUUUAAUCCACAACUGAACCU